AGACGUGAAGCGAAGCGGAGGGCAGAAACUCACCGGCACCGGGGCCAGCAGUGUCUACAACUAAAGCCUCGCAGAAAGCUGUGAAUGAGAGAGCAGAUAUCCACCUUCAGCCACUGAGUGAACAGACGUUUUCAGCCCAGCGUGUCGCAGACCAGAAGCGCAGAUGGACACCAGAAGCACCUCUGAAGAGAAACCUGUCCACCGAUCUAAGUCUUUCAGCUUUAAGACCCCAAAGGAAGUGUGUUCAUCAUGUGACAAGACGGUGUACCCAAUGGAGAGAUUGGUUGCCAACAACCUUGUCUUCCAUUCAACAUGCUUCUGCUGCAAGCACUGCAACGCCAAGCUAAGCCUUGGCACCUUCGCAGCUCUUCAAGGUGAAUUUUACUGUAAACCUCACUUCCAGCAGCUGUUCAAAAGCAAAGGCAACUACGACGAGGGCUUCGGACGCAAACAGCACAAAGAGCUCUGGGCCUCCAAGGAUACAGAUACUAUAACAAAGUCGGCAUAAUCAUGUCUGCCUGUGUCCCAUCCCAGCCAUGCCUCUUCCUUAUACUCCUCCUAACACCUCCGAUACAUCACGAUGAACACAUGCCUCAUAUGCUGGGGCACUGUUAAAUCACCCACGCGCUCACUUUUGCUUUUUAAAUGCCAUCAAAACAGAUACAUGCACAAACGGAUAGGAAAUGACUGGCCAGUCAUAAUCCAUACCACUCAAAAGAAAUAUUCUUUGGGAUAUAUUUUAGGUUCAAUUUAAUUGUAUUUUCUUCAUUUUAUUUUCCAAUUUCCUGUUCGGAAUUGGCAGUUGAUUGUGACCAAAAGCCUUCUCUGGUGUGGGGAGUUUAAAAAUCUUUCUUUUUUUAAAUUCUUUUUAAUAUUUUGCACCCUUUUUUUAAAAAAUUUUUUUGAAUAAGUAAACUGUAUGCUCAGGCAAACAUAUCAGAGGGGUUACAGAGCAUUAUUGUUUUGCAGUAGAGCAUACACUCAGGUCAAUUUUCACCCGAGGGUUUUCAAAAUAAUAUUGCAUACUUUCACUCAUCUUAACACAACACAACACAAAUAAAAAAUAAUAGUCCUCAGUAUUGUGACUUUGCUGUCAGACAGUUAUGUCGGUUUGUCAGGUUUCAUAUAUUUGAGGAAUAAACAGGGUACAGAGUACUGUCAGAAUAACUGCGCACAUCAGCAACAGCUCACCUCUCGUCAUGUUUUAAUUUUUGUGUUUUAGUCUCAUUAUUGUUCGCUUCAUCCCAAGGUUUGUUCUUAUUUUAUUGACCACUGUAAGUCGUAUCCUUGCAUGUUGGGAUGACUGGGUCUUAAUAGCCUUAUCUUAUGACUGUAUUGAUCUAUUUGUGUUGUGAAUGAUUUUGUUUGUUUCAUUGAUGAUCACUUUUUAAGAAGCACUUGAGUCAGGAUUUAAUUGAUGUCAUGGCAUAAGUUGAAAUCCUCUCUGAGCUUUUAUUGAUGGUUGACAUUUUAAUGGAGUUCUCAGAUUGUGUUUUGUAUACUAUCUGUACAUAGAGCUGUAGUUUGUGAUUAGUGAACAUUCCCCACCUUACUGUACUCUCGUCUUGCACACGUGACCACACACACAAUCACCAGACAAGAUAAUCACAGGGAAACUGAGGCCUCCUUUUAUGUGAAACAUCCCUCACUCCGUCGGAUGAUGCGUCUCAAGAAGAGCUGUAAACAUUUGGUUAGAUUAAUUAAUAUCUUUCACAAAUGAGGAUGUUGAUAGACGGAGCUUUAGCCUUGCAGGAAACCACACAAUUUUAUUCCUUCGUCAUUUCACACUGUGUCAGUUAUUGGCGUCUUGUGGUGAUUUUUCCCCUGCUGUAUUUGAGUGUGUUCAUAUAGCUGGACUGUUUUUAAUGGGGGAUAUAGACAGAUUCAAUCAGUGUCUUUUAGCAUCCAUUGUUUUUUUUCUCCCUCCCCCAGUAAGCGUGGACAGGUUUCCUUUUUUAAAAUAAAUGCCUUCCUGUUCUCA